AAUUACAGUAUAAAGUAUAUAUUGUUGGUGGGGUGAUCUGUGAUAUCGUUUUUGUACAAAACUAAAAUAAAUUCUUGACAUCAAACAUGAGCUGCACAAAUAACACGGAAGCGUUUUCUCAAUACCUUCAGUCUAUGGUUAAACUGGAGGAACUACAAAAAAUGACUGAGGAUUUAGACAAAGAAUUAGAAGAUUCACAAAGAGUGAUGUCGGAAAUAAAAACGAUUUUCAACACUAUUCCCAACGUUCAAAAUAAUAUACCUCAGCAGAAUAACAGCUUAAGACACGAAGAUUUGUCGCAAUUCAUCGUCGCAAGUGUUCCGAAAUUAAUAAUGCCCGAUAUGCCCGACAGUACUGUAGAUAUAGAUCUCGACAAUGUUAUUGCAUCCAUGAAAGGUUACGCCGAAGAUUUAAGGAAAAACUUUGUCCUCCCUAAUCCACAACAAGAACACCCAAAUAAAGUAUUUGAAAAUCUGGACUUAGAUCAAUAUGCUUCUAGUCUGGAUGAACUAUCAAAACAGUUAAUGAACAUGAAAUUAAAUAAAAAUGGAGAAGGUAUUAAGAGGAACAAGGAAUUAGAAGCUAAGCUAGAUCAAUUAUGUGAGGAUGUCAAUAUGUUCACAAAGAUGGUUCAAUCAAAGGCAAAGCUAAGUGAGAGCAAUAAAAGCUGGACUACAACACACCACAGCAACAUGGCACUGCAAUAUGACAACAUGAUAAAUAAACUGCUGCUCUGCAUCAAUGAAGUAACAUAUUUAAUGAAGAAUAAAAAUUAACUGAAAUCUCAUUGUAAUCAUGAAAUAUUUAUAAAUCUCAAUGUUGUUUAUACAAAAUGAAAACAAUUUAAUAUAAUAUCUACAAGUUAUAAUUUACAUUUCAUAGUUUUAUACUCAUAGACUUUUAAAAUUACUAACUCUGUACUAUUAAUG